CGAAAUAUUCAAAUAAAUUCUAUGCACUGAUUCCACAUCAGGGUGAUAAUCAACGUCGUGAACGAUUCAAAACAAUUGAGCAUUGUGAUAAUAAAAUAAAAUACGUGAAUAAAAUGCAAUCAGCGAUCGAAUGUCUAACUGAAGUCGAAUAUAUGCGCCGUACGAAUCCAUUGGACUAUUUCAUCAAGGAAUGGCUGAGAAUUGAAUUACAUGUGCUUGACACAAACGAAGAAGCGUAUAAAAUUAUUCAUAAAGCUGUUGAGAAUACACAGCAUGCCAAGUCAUCGCGGCGAUUUUGUGUUGCAAAUAUCUUCAGAGUUGACAAUAUGGAUCGCGAUACGAAUGGUGAUUUUUCCACAAAUAUUAUGCAUAAUCAUCGUUAUUUGUUUCAUUUUUCAUUUGCAUGCAAUUUGCCGUGCAUUUUACGCGAAGGAUUGGUACCAGCACCGCAACACAUAUACACUUUAGGUAAAACACAACAGGUCAAACAACUGUACUUGGAUAACGGUCAAUCGUUGAAUUGGGAAGCCGGCGUGGAUUCGAUAUUUUGUUCAGGCGAAAAAUUCUCAUCAUCAACAGACGAAGAAGAUGAUUUCAAGGGAGCCAAAAUUUACUGCGGACAAAUCGGAGAGAGAAAACCCGAAGACCAUGGAUAUUCCUUGUAUAAUGAAUAUGUUGUUCGAAAUAAAGAACAAGUGAUCGUUGAGUAUAUAAUUAAACUCGAGAAGGAAGACAAUGGAGAUGAAUGAACG